AUGUUUCAAGUGCCUGUGGAAAAUCUGGACUAUGUCAGAAGUAUGCGGCCAUGGGUGAAGAGCAUGCUUCUGAAGAUUGGACUUGACAGAAGCAAAGAAUUGCUGAAGGGUCUUAAAGGCUUUGACCCAAGUGACAGAUACUUUUAUAAUACAUCUUGGCCAGAUGUUGCUCCAGGGGAAUUUUUCAGGAAGAAAAUGAGGUACCGAAGCAAACCAUACUGCUGUAGCCUCUGCAAAUACUCAGUAAAUGUGCUUGCUUCUCUCAAAAAUCAUUUGCAUCGUUGCCAUGAAGAUGAGGCCGACCAAGAGUUGCAGAUCCAGUGUCCAGAUUGCUCAUUUGCUUCACGGCCUGAUGUGGUGAGUGAGCACUUCUGGUUGUUCCAUGAAGCUGCUGUGAAAGUUCACAGCCCCAAGGACAAGGUUCUGGGCAAUGGGAAGCCACUGAAGGGUUAUAUAAGACAUUUCACAUGUUUAAAAUGUAACUUUUCCAACACUUCCUUCUGUAGCAUGAAGAAGCAUGUGCUGAUCACCCAUUUUCACUCUUUACUUAAUGCCUAUGUUGGCCUUCAAACUAAGGAAGACCAGCAACAGCCAACAGCCAGUGAUAUUCUUUCUGUGGCAAGCACUCUACCACCUGAAAGAUACUUUUGUAAAAAGUGUAGUACCAGUAUGCGCAGCCAGGAUGAUCUGAUGGCCCAUAUUUUGACAUCAGAUAUACACAAGGAUUUGGAGAAUAAGUUGAGGUCUAUAAUUUCAGAACACAACAAGAGGACGGGGCUUCGGAAGCAAACACCCAUUGUUCCAAAGGCAGGCUUGUCCAGACCACCAGGGCUGCACAGCAGGGCUACAUACGCAGCUGCUCCAGCCAAGCCACCUUGGUCUCACCUUGCCUUGGCACAGAACACACCAAGCCCAGCCAUGGUACAGCCAGUGACCUUGGCCCAACCUGUGACCUCUGCCAAUGUACAGCCACCAAAGGGGGUCCCAGGCUCUUCCUGGAGCCUCACCAAUUCUCUUUCUGAUACUGCCCAGUCCCACGUGGCUUUUAGCCCUCUACCUGUGGGCCAGACCAACCUCACACUGAGGCCUUCAGCUCCCUCAACUGACCUUUACUCAGGCAAGGCUUCACCUAAUAAGCCUGUAGACCCUCCUGCACUAUCUGUGAGCCAGCCACUUGGGCCUGUGAAUAAGUCUGUUGGAGUGAACAAUCACUCAAUGAGUCAAGCCAUCCAAUCUGGGAUUUUACCAUUCACACAGCCCAUGAGGUCUACAAGUCGACCAGUGGGACCUGCAGUCGGAUCAGUGGGGCUUACAAGCAGGCCAGUGGAGCCCACAAGUGGACUGAUCAGGCCUGGUACUCUGACUUCUGGCUUUUCAAAAAACCCUGGGGUUCUCCAGACCACAUCACCAGGAACAAUUUCUGUGGGUCAGGUGGUCUCAUUGGCAGGCCUUCCGGAGGGUCAGAUGACCCCUGCUUCUGUGAUUCCUGCACAGACUGUAGCUUCUGGGCUUCUCCCCACUGGCCAAGCAGUACAGUCCAGAGUUCUCCAUGUAGGUCAGACAGCCCCCUCACAGGUUCUUACCUCUUGUCAGACUGUGUCCUGUAGGGUUUUCCCUACAGGUCAAGUGGUAUCACCUGGGUUGCAACCCCCCCAACAACUUGUGGUCUCAGAUAUCCUUGUGAACCAGGGUGUGAGCUCUGGUAUUCCUCUGCUUGGUCCAUCAGUUAGGCCCAGUAUGCUUCAGCUCAAUCAGUCUGUUGGCACCAGCAUCCUGCCGGUGAGCCAGUUAGUAAGAGCUGACACUUCACAGAACACCAUGUUCCUCAAGUCAGGUUCUGUUUUCAGGAAGCUCCUUCUAACAGGAACACAGGUCAAUGGGAAGCCCCUUUACAUGCUGGACCCCAUGCCUGUCACUCUGCCUAUUCCUCAGGGUGCUAGCCUCAUGACUGUUUCAUCCCAGGUGUCUACGCAGUUCCUAUCCCCCAGUAUGGGUAUGCAGAUUUCCAGUGCUCCAUCCAGCUUGUCUUCCUCCCAGGGGCUGGUAAGCAGUGCAGACCAGAACAUAUUUGUUCAGGUCUCUUCACCUGAGGUAGAUAUGAAUCUGGUUGCCAGACAGGCCAAGCAGUGGAAAAUCUGCCCAGUUUGCAAUGUGUUCUUCCCAUCCAAUGUCUACCAGGCUCACAUGGAAGUGGCUCACAAACAAAGUGAGUUCAACUCCAGUGAGAAACUUGAACCGGUAAAGCUGGCAGUGCAUGCACCAUUUCUAAAGUGGACAAGAGAGAAGGCCAUGCGUUGCCUCUCCUGCCAAUGCCUAGUCUCAGAGGAGGAGCUAAUGUACCACUUACUUACACAUGGCGUGGGGUGCCUGUUUUGCCCAUGUACUUUCCACAGCAUACAGGGUCUCUUGGAGCACAGCAAAAUUAAACACCUUGGGAGGAAGAAGCUAUUGUUGGAUUAUAGUAACAGGGGCUUCCAGUUGAGCCUAGAUGCUGAAGGCAACCUGUUGUUCCCCCAUCUUGAUUUCAUCAUCACUCUGCCAACAGAGGAGAUUGGAGAACAGGAGGUCUACCUGGCUAUCCUCUCAGGGUUAUACUCCACAUCGCUGGUGCCCUUGUAUGUUAAGAUGAGGUCUCAGGUUAAGGUAACUCAGCUCAGCAAACAAGAGCUGACCUGUUCCCUCUGUUUGAGCACAUUUAUGGUAGCCAAUGCCUACAUGUUACACUUGAAGGACAGACACCAUAUUAUGCCCACGGCCUGUACAGUACUCAGUUCUCCCACCUUUAGGUGUGUCCACUGUGGUGGGAUCUACCCUGGAAGCUUGACUCUGGAGGCCAUCGCUCUUCAUUUGCUGCAUUGUGAACAUGCUCCCAAAGAUAGCUCAGACCUGCAAGUUCGGUCCAGUUUUCUUGAGAACAGUGAACUGCAGUUUGCCAAUGAGGAAAAGGUUACUGAUUCUACCUGUCCCUUAAAAAGAAAGUGGCCAGAUGGUCAUUUGGAGCCAGAAGACCAGAAGAGGGAUGAGAAAGGGCCCUUGCAUGUACUGGGUAAUGAAGCAUCUGAUCCGGAAGAAGGGACUAGUGCUGUGCUUUUGAAGAGACAAAGGAAUGAAAGCACAACUAAGGAACUGGAGGCCAGUAAUGAUUUACUCCAGAUCCUAGCAUUAGAUCCUACCAAAUGCAAAGACUACUCCUCUGAGAAAAAAAAGCAGUUUCUUAGAGAUUAUUUCCAAAAGAAACCAUAUCCUAGCAGAAAAGAAGUUGAAUUAUUGUCUUUAUUCUUGAAGAUGGAAAAAAUUAAUGUGGCUUUGUUUUUUGGAACAAGAAGAUAUAUUUGCUUGAAGGCAAUAGAAGUCCAGAGACCCUCAAUACUUCUAGGUUUUGAUAUGUCUGAACUUAAAAAUGUUAAACACAGACUGAACUUUGAGUAU